AUGAUAUUGAAUAGCUUCACGAGAGUGAGAACUGUCUCAGGGGAGUGGUCCUCUGAGACAGUUCUCACUCUCGUGAAGCUAUUCAUUAAACUAGGUGAUCAUCGACUUGCUUGUGAGUUGAUCUGGUGUAGUGCAUCUUUAGCAAUACAAGAAUUUAUUGCAAAUCACCAGCUGAAGGUCAUGCUCAACUCGCAUGACAGCAAAAGACGCUUCGCGUGGGCGCUAUCGCGUGAAAUAGGACGUCGUUUUUCCGUCUUCGAAGUGUGCCACUCCUGA